GCGGGCGUCCGUCUCUGGGUUUCCACGCCUCGCAAGACUUGUAUGUGUGCUUAAACCCCGCAGUCGAGGAGCCGAAGCCCACUCCCCAGUCCCCGCAAAACCCUGCACGGUUCACACAACUCUAUUUCUCUCAUUCUAUCUUUUUGCUUACUCUUUUGUCUCCCCCCCGCACACCUCUCUCGCUCAAAGUUAAUGCGAACAGUUAACGAUGAUAGUAUGUAAGACGCAGAAGAGCUUAUUUUGCAGUAGCAAUAGUUGUAUCUUCUUUUCUUCUUCUUCUUCUUCUUCUUCUUCGCCUCGCUGUUAUCCUGUGAUGUUGCAGUACAAGACAUUUCAGAAUUACACUGGCAGUUGUUUCCCUUGUUCGCCAUUUGGCUGUUGUGAGAAAUAUAGAAAAUGUUCUCAGCUUAGAUUUAACAAAGUCAGGGAAUUUAGUAUGAUUACAUGCAGUCAGUUGAAUGUUCUCAGACUUAAUGUCCCACAAGAGUUUCAUCGUUUUAGAACUCGCAGUGGGUUUAAGCACGCCAUUACUGUUUCGUCUCAGUUAGGAGUUGGGUUUCUUAAUCCAGUGAUACCUGCAAAUGUAUUCAGUCAUGGGAUAUUGGAUGGUGGUUGUUUGCGCUAUCAUGAAUCUUCUACAAAGAGGUUUUUCUCUCAGGUCAAGGAAGUUGUGAAUAAAAAUAAUCAUGUUGGUUUGAGAGGUGGAAAAGAUGCUGGGAAUGCUUCAAGCCCCAAACUGUUCACUAAAAAUCAGAACUGGGCGGCGCCAUUGGCUGCUCACAGGAAAGGGUUUGAUGGAGGGACUGAUCCUAAUUUUAGAACAUCAUGUCAAAAAGAUGGUAAUGCAGUGACUUUAGCUGAUCAACAUUUUGGUGGAAGCCAUAAGGAUGUGAAGCUAGGGCCAUCUGUUUCAACGUCAACUGUUAAUUAUAAGAGUGAAUAUUUUAAAAAUAAAGGAAACAAAGGGCAGCAAUCAAGAAUCAAGAAAAAGAAGGAAAAGCUUUCUGCUGCUACUUCUUCUUCCGCAGUUCAGACUAAGCGUUCGGAAAGAGUUUCCCAAUCAAAGAGGCCUAAUAAGACCAAAAAUGUCAAGCUGUCAGAGACCUCAGAGAAUGAUUCAGCUGGGAGUGCACCCACAGAAGAGGGUGAUAGCUCUGUCUCAACAAUGCAGCAGUCCAAGAAGACAACUAAGAGCUCUAUUAGAAAGGGAAAAUCAUUAAAAGAAGGGAGUUCUGUUAAGAAAUAUAAUGAAGGUCUAAGAAAGCCUAGCAAAAGUGCUAGGCAACCUUCAUCCAGUAACUACUUACCACAGAAAGAAAGAUCCCAUAUUAUAGACAAGACACAGCCUGAGGCACAAAAGACACCAAAACAGUUAUAUCCUCCCACUGCGAGAUCUGUUUUGGUGGUGGAGUCUAUCACAAAGGCAAAAGUUAUUCAGGGCUAUCUUGGUGACAUGUAUGAAGUUCUACCAAGCUAUGGUCAUAUAAGGGACUUGGCUGCUAGAUCAGGAUCUGUGCGUCCGGAUGAUGAUUUUAGUAUGGUAUGGGAGGUUCCGUCUGCUGCUUGGACUCAUCUAAAGAGCAUCAAUGUUGCUCUAAGCAGAGCAGAAAAUCUAAUCCUCGCAUCGGAUCCUGAUCGUGAAGGGGAGGCUAUUGCUUGGCACAUUAUUGAGAUGUUGCAACAACAGGAUGCUUUACAUGAAGAUGUUAAUGUAGCCAGGGUUGUCUUUCAUGAAAUAACUGAGUCAUCUGUAAAAGCUGCUUUGCAGGCACCAAGGAACAUUGAUCAAAACUUGGUUCAUGCUUAUCUUGUAAGACGUGCCCUUGAUUAUCUGAUUGGAUUCAACAUUUCACCAUUAUUGUGGAGGAAACUACCAGGGUGCCAAUCAGCUGGACGAGUACAAUCUGCAGCUCUAUCUAUAAUAUGUGAUCGAGAAAUGGAAAUUGAUGAAUUCAAAUCGCAAGAGUACUGGAGUGUUGAGGCCGAGUUUAAGAAGAAAGAAGAGAAUACAUUGUCAUUGCCAGCAUUCUUAAAUUGUUUUGACUUGACGAAGUUAAAUCAACUCUCCAUCAGCUCUCAUGCAGAGGCAAUGGAUAUUGAAAAGAAAAUUAAAUCAUCAAAUCUAAUAGUACUUAAUUCUAAAAGAAAUAAAAUGCGGAAAAACCCUCCUGCUCCUUACAUAACAUCAACACUUCAGCAAGAUGCUGCCAACAAGUUACAUUUUACUGCAUCAUACACGAUGAAGUUAGCACAGGGACUGUAUGAGGGGGUUCAACUGUCAGAUGGUAAGGCAACUGGGUUGAUAACAUACAUCCGAACAGAUGGAUUACAUGUUUCAAAUGAAGCUGCUAAAGAAGUAUGCUCCUUGGUCAUAGAAAGGUAUGGACAGGAUUUUACAUCUGAGGAUGUUCGCAAAUAUUUUAAGAAGGUGAAGAAUGCCCAAGAGGCCCAUGAAGCAAUUAGGCCCACAGAUAUUCGAUGUUUGCCUUCAAUGCUGAUAGGAAUACUUGAUGAAGAUGCCUUGAAGUUAUAUACCCUUAUUUGGUCUCGAAUGAUGUCAUGUCAAAUGAAACCUGCUUCCAUUGAUCAGGUUCAACUUAAUAUUGGGACUGCUGAUGAGUCCAUUACUUUUCGAUCUGCCUGCUCAAGAGUUGAAUUUCGUGGUUAUCAGGCAGUCUAUGAGGAUGUGGAAUCUGGAGUGAUCAGGCCCAAGGAAAAGGAAGGGAAUGAUGGUGAUGCCGCUUUUGAGGUUCUUCAAUCGUUUAAGACGGGGGAUCCAUUGUAUCUUGCCAAAGUGGAACUCAAGCAGCACCACACUCAGCCCCCUGCACGCUACUCUGAAGCAUCACUGGUUAAGAAGCUUGAGGAGCUUGGAAUUGGAAGACCUUCUACAUAUGCAUCCACAUUGAAAGUUUUACGGGAUAGAAACUAUGUGAUAGAGAAAAAUCGGGUGUUGCAUCCAGAAUUUCGCGGUCGCAUGGUUUCAGCAUUUCUCUCUCACCAUUUUUCUGAGGUCACAAACUAUAGUUUCACUGCUGAUAUGGAGACUGAGCUUGAUAAUGUUUCUGCUGGUUUGACUGAAUGGAAAGGUCUACUCAAGGAUUAUUGGACACGCUUUAGCUUUUAUUGUGAGCAUGCUAGUAGUGUUCAUAUUCAUCAGGUGGAGAAAAUGUUGGAGAAAAAAUUUGGAGAUUUUUUGUUUUCUUCUCUUCUCAAUGGAAGUAGGACUUGCCCAAGCUGUAUGGAUGGCACUCUGAUUUUCAAAGUAAGUAGGUUUGGUGAAGGUUAUUUUAUAGGAUGUGAUCAACACCCAAAGUGCAAAUAUAUAGCUAGGACAUUUUUUGGUGAUGAUGAUGAAGAUGUUCCUCCUCAAAAUAACAGUGUGGAGGAGCCAAAAAUGAUAGGCCUCCAUCCUGGUACCAGUGAAAAGAUUCUUUUGAAGAAUGGUCCUUAUGGCUUCUAUGUUCAACUUGGUGAAGACAAGAAAGGAUAUGUGCCCAAAAGAGCAUCUGUCUCCCAGAUGAAGGAUGUGGACUCUAUUACCCUUGAAGAUGCCCUUGAGCUGCUACGCUAUCCUGUGACAUUGGGAAACCAUCCUGAGGAUAACCAACCAGUGGUGUUAAAGCUUGCAAAGAAUGGAUUUUCCAUAAGACAUCGACAUGCAAUUGCUCCUGUACCUAAGAAUCUGAAGCCAAAUGAUAUCACUAUGGAAAAGGCAUUGGAGCUUUUGCUGAGUAAAGAUGUAAGGAGAUUUGGUCGUCCCAAGCAGAAACAUAAACCCAAGCAUGAAGAAGUAGUUGAAGCCAUGUAGCCUUUUGGCAUUUGGUGGCAGACUCCUGAAAAUACUGAAGUCUUGAUCCAUUUCGAGCUCAAUGAAUCAUCGGUUGAGGGAAGAAGGCAUUCAAUUUAAAAUAGACAUUUGUUUAUUUUUUGAGGCAGCAGGAAGAGGUGUACCAUGAUAAAUUUUGUUGUAAAAUUUCCAUUUUGUUAUUCUAUUUUUUUCUCUUAUUCCCAACUCAUGAGGCAUGUUGUAUUUAUCUCUUCCCCCUGCACGAGAAAAGUAUUAACAAAUGUAGUAAUAUAUGCAUCUUUGCCGAGUUAUGAAAAUUUCAUUUACUGCUAAAAAAUAACACAGGCAAAAAUUGGAUGA